AUGGUUCGCAUUACUGAGCAGCUGGUACGUAAGCGUGCCGAACACAACGAGCUACUGAUCGGCACACUGGAAGAGGUUUCGCUGCACCAGGAAGACAUUGAGCGUAUCGAGCACAUCGGGAACUGGUGCCGGGAGCUAAAGAUUCUGCUGCUCCAAUCGAACCUCAUUCCACGGUUGGAAAAUCUGCAUCGCUUGAAACGGCUCGAGUACCUGAACGUCGCCAUUAACAACAUAGAACGUAUCGAGAACCUGGAAUCGCUCGAAUCGCUCCGCAAGCUCGAUCUUACGCUCAACUUCAUCGGUGAGCUGACGAGUGUGGACAGCUUAAGGGGCAACCACAAUCUGCGCGAACUUUUCCUCACCGGUAACCCGUGUACGGACUAUCCCGGUUACCGUGAGUACGUCGUGACAGUACUGCCACAGCUCGAGCACCUCGAUGGAAAGGAGGUGACACGCGGAGAGCGAUUGCGGGCGGCCAAAGUGUUCACCGGGUUACGCUCUCGGAUCGUGCAGCUCGAGGCGCAGCACCGUAUCACGCGAGACGAGCAACGUGUUCGCGUUGCUAGGCAGCUAGACGAGCAGGAGAGCAGCGUGGCCGAUUGCGAUGACGACGACGACGAUGAGCAGCGUAAGGUGACUGAGUUUUGGGAGCAGAAGAGUGAACAUUGCCCGGAAACACGUAUCCAAAUGGCCAAGUUUUCCAAACGGGCAGCGGAGAAGGAACGCCAAGAUGAAGAGCGGCGGAAACAAGCAGCCGAGCAACGGAAACGAAGACGACCCCGCAACCUAUUCGCCGACUGUGGUCGACCGUACAGUUUGAACGAACCGCGGCUGGAGUUUGAUUUUCGCGAUGAAGUGGAUCGGUUCGAGCUGGAGCUACACCUGUACCGGUUUCUGGACACUUCGCUCGUGGACGUGGACGCACAGCCCCGGUAUGUGCGCGUUACCGUGAAAGGAAAAAUCUUUCAACUGGCUUUACAACAUGAAAUCCAGCCGGAUCGGGCCACCUGCCAGCGUUCGAUGACCACUGGCCAUCUGUUGAUUGUGAUGCCGAAACUAAACCCCGAACAGCAGGUGGUGCCAGUGGUGCGGAAAUCGGCCCCGAAGACCGGCACAAUCACCGGCAGUGGACACAAGCUAACCGGUACGGUCGACGUACGUACCAUUUGCAAAUCGGCGGAGGGUCCAGAUGAGACUAUACCCGAUUUGAUUUAA